GGACCUACCAAUAAAAGCAUUCGUUCAUUUAAUUGUUUAUUAGAAACAUGGAAACAAAAAAUUAUUUCAGUUAAAUGUUGUCAUAUGUAAUUUAAGUGACAGUCCAAAGUUUAUCAAAACAAAUCCAGCAAAAUCUUCAAAAAAUGUCGACGGUAACAACAAAAAUUCUGAAAAUCUUGAAACCGGGAACAUUGCAACAGACAAUGUUCCAACGCUUCAACAGUGUCCAAGCAUCGAAACUUAUUUACACCGAAUACGGAGACCCGAUAAAAGUUAUCCAAAAGGAGCCGGAAACAAUUCCAGAUCCGAAGGAUGAUGAAGUCCUCAUUAAAAUGCUAGCAGCCCCCGUUAAUCCGGCCGAUAUCAAUACGAUUCAAGGUAAAUAUCCUUCAAAACCGCAACUUCCAGCGGUUCCGGGCAAUGAAGGAGUUGCCAAAGUCAUAUGCACUGGACCAGGAGUAUCGGAUUUGUCCGAGGGUGAUCACGUCGUGCCACUCGUUAACAACCUGGGAACGUGGAGGACACAUGCCGUUUUAAAAAAGGAACACUUGCUGAAGGUACCAAAGAAACUGGGACUGAUUGAAGCAGCCACUUUGACCGUAAAUCCAUGUACUGCAUUUAGAAUGCUCAGGGACUUCACAUGUCUAAAACCGGGCGACACGGUUAUACAAAACGGAGCGAAUUCCGCUUGUGGACAAAAUGUUAUACAAAUAUGUAGGUCAUGGGGCAUUAGAACUGUGAAUGUUGUCCGAGAUAGGCCAGAUCUGGUUGAGCUGAAGAGAUUUUUGACCAAAUUGGGUGCCACAGAAGUGUUGACAGAGGAUGAGUUAAGAAAAACGGAUAUUUUCAAAUCAGGAAAAUUGGCAAAGCCUAAACUAGCAUUGAACUGUGUAGGUGGUCAGAAUGCUUUGGAAUGUAUGAGGCACUUGCAGAAUGGUGCUCCCAUGGUCACAUAUGGAGGAAUGUCGCGCGAACCUGUAACAGUUCCUACUUCUGCUCUCAUUUUUAAGGACAUUCAAGUCAGAGGUUUCUGGAUGACUCGGUGGUCAAAGGAGAAUGCUAGUAGUGUUGAUAGACUAGAAAUGUUUGAGGAGUUGAUCUCUUUAAUGACCAACAAUGAAUUGCAAGGACCUGCUUAUAAAAUGGUUAAUUUUGAGAAUUACAGGGAAGCUCUGAUGAACACAAUGACCAUUAAAGGCAUGAUUGGCAAAAAGUUUAUAUUGGAUUUUGAAAACUGUUAGUUUUUUAUGUUGUAAUUAAAUUGAAUUAAAAGUUUUAUUUUGA